CCCAUUCAAAGAUCGUAAGAAAAUCAAUUUGAAAAAGUUUCAAAAUCUGAUUGAAUGGUUUGCUGUAUUAUUAGCUAAUAUAGAUAACUGUAUUAUUAUUAAGUAAUAGAAACACACGUCCAAGAUCGUAGAUAAAAAUGAAACUUUUAUGUAUUAUUUUAAUAUCAUUUGCGUUGGUGAAUGUUUUGGUGGCCUUAGAUGAUUAUGAAAACCUGGUUUGCAUUACAAACCAACAUAUGUUUAAUACAAGAGCUUAUUUGCCGAAAGUAAUUGAAAACAUUGUUCUUUAUGGAGGAUAUACGAUAGUUGAAUUAGGUUUAAUGUUCGCAGUACCGGAAGCCGAAGACAAAGAUGUCGAAGAUUACAUAAAUAAACAGAAGAUAGAAUACCAAGUAACGGCGCAAGAAAAAAUAUGGUGUUUAACAUUAACCGGUGCACCUCAGAUCAACGCAGGGGAAUUUAGUAACGUUACACUAAAAGAUUUGGGAAAUAGAAGAAGAGUGAUAACUUUAGAAGCUAUACAAGUUUUAAUCCGUGCUGUUCUACGUGGAAAUAAUAGAAACUUCGACAAUUUUUAUGAUUUGUGUCGUUUAAUAGGCUUAUUGAGAAGUAUAAAAAACCCGGGUUCAUUUAUAGUACUUGCUGAUCUCGACCCAAAAGACGCAAGAGUUUGUGACCUUGUGGAUAUGAACAGAGGAGUUAGCUUUUAUUAUAAUAUCGAAGGCAACAUUUGGGAAUACGACGACAAAGGUAUUCCAAAAGAGUUACUCUUCUCACAAGUACAAUGAAAGUACUAUUAUUGUUAUUAUAUGUUUGCAUACGUCCUAAUAACAAAGUUGUCAAUUAAUUUAAUUUUUUUGAAAAUAAAAAGUUUUAAUCACGAUUAAAAAAACAUUUGUUUUGCUUAUGUAUUGUUAUAUUUAAGUAUUAAAUAAAUAACACUUUAAAUGUAUAA